GACAAAAAAUGUGGACGGUGCUACAAUUGCUGCUCCUGUUAAUCUCAUAUAGAGGAUGUGCGGGUGGUCCCAAUUUCACGAUAGAAACCAGAGUAAUUGGACAAAGUGUCGCUCUGGGAUGUUCCCGUGACAAUAAAUUGAGUUAUGAUCUUCUUUGGAUCCGACUUGUUAGUGGAACCUUUCCCGAAUUUUUAUUUGGAACGUCAUCUCUUGAUUCAGCACUCUUGGAACAUGGUAGCUUAAACUCCAGAGAUCGCAUCACUGCCAAACAAGAACCGGGAAUGUUUGUUCUGCAAAUUACUCAUGUGCAGAAAAGUGACAUGGCUGUUUAUUACUGUGUUAAAGUGCAUAACUCUUUUUUGACAUUUUUGAAUGGAACAUUUCUUCAAAUCACAGAUGAUGACAUGAGUUCGACUACCGCCACGGAAGACUUGCAGUCUGAAGCAGGACAACCUGUGACUUUACAUUACUCGAUCCUCUACCCCUCUAGGAAUAAAAAAUGCACGGAUGGACACAAUGUUUACUGGUUCCGUGAUGGAACAAUCAAUUCACAUCUCAGCUCCAUCUACGCUCAUAAAAAAUGCGGGGAGGUCAAAGGUGACUCGAUGCAGAAAUGCAUUCACACUUUCUUGAAAAAAGUCAGUUCCUCUGAUGCCGGAAUUUACUCUUGUGCACUGGCCACAUGUGGGGAGAUUUUUAUGGGAAAUUCAACAAAAAUCCCCACUCAAGGUGAAGUUGCCAUUGGGUGUGACAAUUCUCUUAUCUCAGUCUUGGGUGCUGCUUUGGCUUUAUGUGUCAUCUCUUUAGCCUUCCUCAUCAAAAAGAGCAUAACAAAUAGAUGGUUUUAUUGUAAAGCUUGUCAAAAAACCUGUGAAGAAACGUCCAAUCAUGUGCAGCAGAGAGAUGAGGAGUCUUUGGUUUAUUCAGCACCGACUUUCGUCGCCAGGAAAAGUGACAAUGCGAGGAAGACUCAGACCCGCAAGGAAUUUAGCACAUAUGCCGACAUUUCGCUCCAUAGCUGAAUUCUCAUGUGGUGAAAUGAAUAAAUUGCACGCGACAUUUAGGAUUUAAGCGUUUUGUGUGAAGACCUUUGGUUUCUUAUUUUAGAGUAUCGUAAGAAUGUAUCUUAAUGAGCAACUUAAAUCAACUCAGCUUGCGCAAAUAAUGAAAAUAAGUCCUGAAAUAAUGUUGUGUUGUCAUGAUUUUAAAAAUGGUUGGUUAUAUACUUAUUUCCAUCCGAAUCAAACCGCUGAGUUCAGCCCUGAACUUGAAGAAUCGCUUGGACAGUAAGAAAGCAACUGAGGUCGCACUUUUUCACAGUCAAAAGCACACAACUUUCCAUCCGACAUUUGCAGCAGGAGGUCUGUGGCAGGAGUGUGUUUGUGAGUGAGUAAGCAAGUAGGUGUGUGUGUGUUGUCAGCUUCUUCAGAUAAUAAGAUUGUCAAAACAUAGAAUAAGUCUGUUAUCUGAAGACACCACUUUAUUUUGAAUUUACGUCCAAUUCGAAUAUGCCCUGUAAAAAUAUAAAACUUCCAAAAAGUUAUACUAAGAUUAUAAAUAAGCACAACUCAAAUUUUCAAGUUUUCAUCAGUAAUUUUAUUUUUUGACUAUUCACAACUCAUCAAGUUAACACCGUUAUCUUUGUAAAAAGAGUUUUGCUAAUUUGAAUGAUCAAGUUUGGUGCAAAACUUUCUGAGACAGCAGAAUUUAAAAGUUGUCCUAACUUGAAAACUCAGGUUCAAAUCCUGCUUGGAUUAACCUUAUAAACUGUAUAUGCUUACACUUAAAUUCGAAGUCCAGACAUGACUUCUGCUUACUUAACAUAAGGGCACAUUCCUUCAAAUGUUGAGCUCAGCUUUCUUAUUUUUUUGUUUUGGCAGUAACUUGGAUUUUCAAGUUUUCCAUCAAAAUUUGCAAAUGCAAAUGAAAUAGAUUGACUAGAAAUUUUAAGUUCUGCUUUGUUAUUUUUUACAGUGACUGUAAGAUUUUAGCUAUCAAAUUCACUUUGCUUAACUAAAAGAAGCAGCGAUUUUUCAGGUGAAUGCAACAAAUGUGAACUGAAUGAAAAGUCACCAGACCACAACAACAGUGACAACAACGAUGGAGGAGACCAGCAGAGCCCAGAGUACGAUGCCAACCGCUUUCAGAUCUUGACCUGGCAUAGAAAAACACACACAUACAUAUAAAAAAAUAAAAAAUAAGUAGGGUUCUUGCUCAUUUAUUACACGCCAAGACAAUUGACUAAUGUUCUACACUAUUUCUUUGUUUGGUUUUUAGGUCAUACUGUGUCUUCAAGUAAGAGACAAAUUUAAGACAAGAUGGUAAUCAGACCACAACAGGAAGUAACAAGAACCUAACGACAUGAAAGAAGAAAGGAAGGAACUUGACCUGAAAAAUUGCACGUUG